AAUCGGAUGCAACUUUGGUGGUUGCAAUAAUAAACUAUUUUAGGAAGCUUUAAAACCUGCCAAUCUCAUAAUUCUUCCCUCGAUCAAUCAUCAAUAUUCAUUAUUAUUCUCCUUGAUUCCUUUCUGGUUUUUUCAUUUCUUUUAUCUUUUAAUAUUUUGUUUUUAAAUCAUAUCCCUGAAAGUACACUUUUCAAAUCCCAACUCUCUAAGCAAUUUUUCUCUAAGAAUAGGAAGAAGAAAAAUAACAAAAGGGUUGGGCUGAAAUUGUGGUUUGGGUUGGUGGUUUCUCCAAACCAUGAUCUUGGGUUUCUUGUGUGUGUUUGCAUUUUUCUUCAGGUUGUUCUACCACCUGCUUUGAUGUGAACCCUUUUUGUCAACACACCUUUAUUGUCUCAUGGAUGCAUUAAAUUUAGGAUUUUGGGAUAAGGGUCGGUGAAAAUUUCUGAUUUUGCUUGGUGGCUGUUGUGUGUUAUGUUAUGUGUUAUGUGAUGGUCUUUCUUUCUGAGCACUUCAGAGGCAGAUGGCUUCACAGGAGACUCACUCUUGGACGUUGGGAGGACUUAUUGGUGCCUUUAUUGACCUUGUUUUAGCUUAUUUCUUGUUGUGUGGAUCAGCUUUUGCUUUCUUUGUGUCCAAAUGGUUUAGGUUUUUAGGAUUUUGUUUGCCUUGUCCCUGCAAGGGGACUUUUGGGUUUAGGAGUAGCCGUUUCUGUGUGCAUAGAUUGAUGUUCCAAUGGCCUUCAAGGAAGAUAUGUUCCAUUCAAGUUAUGGCGGUUAAGAGAUUCCCUUUUGAUCUGGUUCGGGUUAAGGAUCAUUCACGCAGUGCUAAUGAUAGAGUGGCUGCUGAGAGAACACAUGAUAAUAGGGUUGUUGAGUUGGAAGAUGAGGCAUCUUGCAGUUCAUGUUCAGCACCGCGUUUGCUUCCCUUUGUUGAUAGGGAAAACGUGUAUGAUGCUAAGGGGAAGAGAGUCAUGAGUAUGAAACGAAGGUCUGGAGUUCGGCGCCGGAGGAGGGCUAGUUAUGAUUGUACGAAAGUCUCUUCAGCUGUUCCUUCUGAAAAUCUGCAAUCUGAUGUUGUCCUCACUCCUUGUUCGCCUUGUGAUGGCAGUAUAAUUAGAGAUAAAACCAGUGCAGGCAUAAGUCCUACCUCGGGGAAAGGAGUUAGUGUAGAUGAUGCCGAAGUUGAUCAAGCUGACCAUGAUUUGGAUGAAAAGACCUGUCAUAGUUAUGAAUUUAGUGGAUCAAUGGUUGAUAGUCCAGGACAGGACAAAUAUUUAUUGUCAUUGGAACACUACAUAAAUAAUGUGUGUGACCAUGUCCAAAUUGUUGGUAAUGGAGAGGAUCGUAUCAAGAUGUUAGAAAAUGCACUUGAAGAAGAGAAAGCUGCCUAUGCUGCACUUUACCUUGAGCUAGAGAAGGAGAGAGCUGCAGCUGCUACUGCUGCUGAUGAAACCAUGGCUAUGAUAUCACGCCUGCAGGAGGAGAAGGCGUCAAUGGAAUUGGAAAUGAGGCAAUACCUGAGGAUGAUAGAAGAAAGAGUUGCUUAUGAUGAAGAAGAGAUGGAUAUUCUGCAAGAGAUCCUUAUAAGAAGGGAAAGGGAGAACCACUUUUUGGAAAAGGAACUUGCAACUUACAGGCAGAUGGAUUCAAAAGGUAGUGACCAAUCAUAUGGCAAGGCAAAGGUGCAACAUGAUCAAUGGGGACAAAAGCCUCCAAUUUCGGUUGGAACAUAUGAAAAUCGAAGCACCAUAUCAUUUGUUAAGAAAGAUGAAAUAAAAGAUAUUUCUUCUAAUUAUAUGGUUGCUCAGACUUGCAUCAAUAUGAAAGACGGACAAGAGCUGGAGAAAAACACAGAAUGUAAGGAUCAAGUGCAUAACAACCUGCAUAGCUCCUUUUAUGAUACUGAUCUGGAUGUUUUUGAUGUCCAUGUCAUUAAUGACAACAUAAAACUAAAGGAAGAGGAAAAUGAAAAGUUAAGUAGCUCUUCAUUGAGUACUGUUACAAAUGAACUCACAAAUAGAUAUCUUGAAUUUGGAAGUCAAACAGUACAGAGCAGUGAUGUAUUAAGCAAUCGUCGAAGGACAGAUAAGCCAGAAAAUGGUAAUAGUGUUGAUGGCCCCACGAGUCAGUUAUCCAUGUUCUCAAACACAAGACGCAAAACUUUGUCUUUAGAUUCUGGAAGGGAUUCUUCCAGUGCAGUUGAAAAUGAGAAGUUAAAGAUUGGCAAUGAGAUUGAAAUUCUCGGAGAAAGGUUGAGGAUGCUAAAACAUGAAAAGGAAAAAUUGUCUUUCUUUGCAGAGAACGGAGAAAGUGAAAAGGGCCAGCUGAAGCUUCUGGAGGAGAUAGCAAACCAUCUCCAAAGGAUUAAACAGACAAGAAACCCUGUGCGUGGGGCUUCCUUACCCCCUUCCUCAUCUAAGGUGAGCUUGAGGAAAAGACGCUGCCAAAGUGUGACAAUGGAGACAUGUGAAAGCAGCUAAAUCAUGUAAAGUCAAACGUUUGAGUGUCACGAAAUUUGUGCCUAAGGCAACUUGUAAAUGGCAACCACUUCUGGUAGCUACUAGAAUUUAGCCGUACUUGUUUUACCUUGCUUGUUGUAUGGUUUUUUAGUAUGUAAAUAAACCUUUAUCAUAUUCCUCUAGGCUAAAUAUGUAUUUAAAAUAAAAGUAUUAUUUUGAAGCCUAUGCCAGGUGUAGGUAUCUUUUGUCCCUCCUUGUGUUGUGUUUUUGCCUUAGGAUAUGUGGUUCAAAUUAUGGAAUGUUAACUGUAUAUAUCAUUUUUUUUCUUGUUCUUUUAAUUUAAGGUAUCAUGGUCUAUAGAGGAUUGAGAACAGCUUAUGGAUGUAA